AUGACGCUCGACCAGUUUCUCAGCAGCUACACAGGCGAGGACAACGCCAGCUUCGAGGUCCUGCUUGAAGCCAGCAACGCGCGCAAGCGCGCCAAGGUGGCGCACCACCUAGAGGGCAAGGACGCGCCGCUGCUGCUUGAGGGCCCGUCGCCCACCGACGAGUACGGCACCAGCGGCCAGGCGCCCAGCAGCCUGGUGCUCUGGAAAUUUACGCCGAAGAACCGGCUGUACUAUGACGCGAGCCAGCAGGCGGUGCUCGAGUACAGCGCUAAGGAGCGGGCCGCGAUGGUGGCAGGGCCCCCGAAGGGCGUCCGCUACGCGGCGACGCGCGUGGCCGCGGAGACGGAGGAGGAGCAGCAGGCGCAGCUGGCGGCGGCGGGCCUCGCGGCGGGCGCGAGCGGCAGCGACGACGACGGCGACGGGUUCCCCGGCGCGGCCGCGCCCGAGGCGCGCGGCGACCCCGCCGAGGCGCUCGCCGGGGGCCGCGCGGCGCCCGCGCAGCGUGGCGCGGCCGGCGCGCGCGCAUACUUGAGGACGCCGACCAUCGCGCCGGGCGCGGGCGCGUCGCCGCUCGUCACGUGGGGGGACGUCGCGGCGACGCCGCUGCGGCUGGUGGAGAACCCCGAGGAGGACUGGGCGGCACUGGGGGUCGACCCCGGCGGCGGCGAGGGCCCGCAGUUCCGCUUGCCGCAGGUCCGCCGCCGCGAGGCCGCGGCGAAGGAGGUGUUUGAAAAGAAGAAGGCUGCCGCGUUCCGGCGCCGCGCGGCGGGCGGGCCCGCGGGCGGGUCGGCGACGCCGGUGCUGGACUCGCUGCGGCGCGCGGCGGGGGCGCCGUUGUCGUCUGCGGGGCAGCGGCUGGCCACGCAGCUGGGCAAGGGGCGAUUGGCAGCGGGCACGCCCAGCGCUGGCGUUAGAGGUGGCGGCAGCAGCACUGGCCUCUUGUCGGACGCCGCCCUGCAGCAGCGCCUGCGGGCCAGCUACAGCGGCACGCCCGGCGGCGCGCCUCGAGCCGGCCCUUGGCUGCUGACGCCGACGACGUUUGACGCGGCAAGGGACGUUGACAAGGCGUUCUGCUCGGCAUGGAUAUCCCCCGACAGCGUCCUGGUGGGCACCAAGUGCAACAGCCUGCUGCUCGUCGAUGUCGUCACGCGCCGCCACCGCCGCGUCGCGCUGCCGCCGAAGCCCGCGGUGCGGCAGGCGCCCGAGCUCAUGUACAACCCCGACGGCCACUGCGGCAUGCACGCGAUGGACGUGAGCCCAGACGGGCGGUACGUGGUGACCGGCGGGCGCGCGGCGGAGGACGCGGUCGUGCUGCGGCGGGACACGCUGACGCCGGUGCAGACGUUCUCGGGGCAUGCGGACUGGAUCUUUGGGCUUGCAUGGGUGACGGAGUCCCAUUUUGUCUCAGGCUCUCGCGACGGCACCAUCAAGCUCUGGGCGGUGGUGGAACCCGAGGACGGCGGGUACGCCGCUGAGUCGACGGCCCCGCUGGCGUCCGUGCUGGAGAACAAGCGCACGCUCGCGAAGCAGCGGGACAUCAAGUGCUGGGUGCCGGACGGGCGGAUCGUGUCCCUUGGGGUGGACGGCACCGUGGUGCUCGAGGGCGCGCGCGAGCUCGCGUGCCUGGCAGUGCAGGACCGCCUCGUCGCCGCGGGCUCGCGCUUCCACAUCCACCUGCUGGACCUCCGGCAGCGCUGCGCCGCCGCGGGCACCAUCCCGCUGACGGACAACGGCGUGCGGUCGCUGCAGCUGGCGGGGCACGUGCUUUCUGCGGGGACGGGGGACGCGGGCGUGGCGUUCUUCGACCUGCGGUACCUGCGGCGCGCCAAGGGGCCACGGCUGAGGGACCUGACACCAGGGGGGGCAGGGAGCACGGGAGGCGUGGCGGGCCGGCCGCCAGCGCGGCCGCCGGUGGAGCGCCUCCGGGGUUCUCGCAGGGUGCGGCCGCUCCUGCGCUGGCCGCCGGAGCGCGCCGACUCGCUGCACGCGGAAGACGACCCGUUUGACGCCGAGCGCGGCCAUCAGCCGCUGGAGCUGGGGCACCUGCAGCUGCCUCUCAUUGCCAGCACCAGCAGCAACACUUCGGGCUGGGAGGUGCGGGAAACGGUGUACACCCACUCGUGGGACGCCUCCGGCACGCGGCUGUUCAUGGCCGGCGGGCCGCUGGCCGUGGGCAACUCUGGCUGCGCCAUGUCCGCCUGGCUGUGA